AUGGCUUCAUCCCCAACGCUCGAAGAUCCGGAUUAUCUGAAAAGAGUACAAGCAUCGCUUGAUUCAACAAUGCCGUGGAUAGGUACGUACAUUGCACCAGCUUCUGCCGUCUGCACACUUGCAAUGGCGGCCGAUGCUUUUAUUGGCUUCAGAAGCAAAAAGUAUUGGCUUCCCUCUUUAGGCAUUCUAGUUAUCACUAUUGCUGGAAAUAUGGUAUCUACUGCGCUCAUGCUCCUCUUCCUUGCAACGUUAUGUUCUGUAUCGUUGAUGGCUCCAAGAGCCAAGAGAUACAUAGGAUUGAAGUAUAAUGAAAUGCACAAAUCGGUCUCGAAUAGACAAGUAGAGUGGGGAAGGUUUAGUAGUGAUGAGGUUGAAAAUAUGGUGAAAGGGUAUUGGGUGAUGGCUCAAACUAGCAGUCCUCAGUUUGUGCUGGCAAGGUCUGCCAUUUCUUCUACUUUAGGAUUCUGGUGCCUUUUCACAGCUGCAGGUUUGGUCAAAGCUCGGAUUUCACAUAGGCUUCUAUAUCCUAGGUAUAAAGUCAAUUCGAGUGUUUUUGUUACUUCAAAAUAUCGUUGGUCCGUUGGUUGGAUUUUGAACAUUCAGUGUACUGGAGUGGCGAUUGGAACUAUCGCUCCUCUGUUGAGAUGGUUCGUUGCUUCGUGGUUCAAGAUUUGUGAGAUGGAACGAAAGAUCUUUAGAGAUGAAGUCAAGGUUGACAAGUACUGGACUUGGAGGCUGGUUGAGUGGAGAGACAGAUCACUUCCAUUUCAAGUUCAAAGCCGCACAAGCAAGAAGCUUCUUCGUGAUGCAGUAAGAUUUGUUCUGAAUUUCUGCAUCGGGGUUCAGAUUCUCGUUGUUUUAGAAGCCAAACUAGUUCUAUUCCUCUCUGCUAGAUUUGGUAGAGCAGUUCUCUUGUGUUUACGCAAGAAUGAAAGACCUGUUUUAGCGGGAGCACAUGUCGAUUUUAGCCAAUAUGUUCUUCUACUUGAAGGUGAGCCACAACUGCCAUAUAAAGUCCUCAAGAACAUCUGCAACGAGGCGGAUGAGCUGAUAAAGGGUGGCGAAAAAAGGAUUGCUCAUACGAUCUUGUUAGGAAUGGGAGAUGGCGAGAACCAAACUGAUAAUGAGCUAUUUGUGAGUAUAUCCAUCACCAUCUCGGAUAUAUUAGCAGCGUGCCUCACCAAUCUAGUGCAAGUCAUAACAUUGAAGUGUCACAGAAGCGACAUUAAAGAAAGGGAAGAAAGUGUGAGGCGAGCAGCGAUUCUUCUUGGUGAGAGCAAAGAGAUUUUUGAUAUUCUGCAGCAACGUGAGCUUCCUUGUUUGGAUGUGGAGAAAGCUGCUAAUUUUGACGAGUGGAGGGCAUCCUUGGAGUUGGAUAUUGAAAAUCCAUUGGCAUCUUCUUCACCAUCAUCCAGUGACAAUUCAACAACAGUGUAG